CCGAGUCGGCUGCCUGUAUGUAUUAAUAGUCCGUUUGAGAUUGAUGAACGAAGCCACUCAAUCAUUAUUUUCUUCGGUGUGGUCCUCUCGGUCGAAUAGAAGUCAUCAAAAUAUCUUGGCCGAGCAAUGGACGUCCAGUGAUGGGAGACACAACACGUUAUGAUCUGCAUACAUCGUGCAGUCAGCCGGCAUGAGGAGUGCCUGUGUUGAGCGCGUACGGGCAAGACGUCCAGCCCUUCGCGGCGGCCUCGUGGAUCCGCAAGCUAGAGGUGAGGGUCCCUCAGGUACGGGCGAUGACUUGCAGCAGCAGCGGCAGUACUUUGUUGAGUCCAUUUCACACCACGCGUCGUGCCGGCAGAGGCUGCAUACCCGGAGUGGUCCGCGCGUCAAGCCUCAUUUAGAUGUUCUGCUCCCAUGUGCCCGCGCUCAUGGACAAUCGCGAGUGCUCUCCUCCGGCCAAUCAAUGUCUGUUCGCAUUGUAAGUGUGUUACAUCUAAAGCGAAUAUGGCCAGAAUCAAAUUGUUCGCAUGUAGAUGAGCUCUGUGACACGAUGGCUUGUCUCAACCGAAAACCAAUGUUGUCGGCUCAUGAAAAUACCAAUACGCAUCCGGGCAUUGCGGCUUUCAUGAGCACGUCCUGUGUCUGAUGACAACAAGCCACAAUUUGACAAGUGCCCGCAGAGCCUAAUCUGUUGAUUGUGACACCACCGAUGUUGGAGGUCAACUAACUGCCAGCAUGUCAUUUGUUGCCGAGGUCAUCGCUGUCGUGCCACGAGACAAUGCCAUCUCAACGAACACGAGUUAGAGGUUGCCGCAAGCCACG